UGGAUCUAGAAGCACAAUCGUUUCGGUUUAUUCCAAUCGCGAGUACUGGAUUACAGUUUUACUACCCAGCAGCGCUUUUCAAUAUUAAAAAGAAAUAUUUCAAUUAAUCAAAAUGAAAUUUCUAACUGUUUUGUGUGCUUCACUUGCUAUCAUUUGUGCUUUGCCCGGCGGAUUUGCCAGUGGAAUUUUCUACAGAGCAGACGCUCCGAUUCUUACGCAAUAUCAUUCUCAGGGUGAAUUAGGCGAGUACAAUUACGGAUACAACGCUGGACUCUCUGGAAAGGUGGAGAGUAGGUCAAUUGAUGGUAUCACACGAGGUUCUUAUAGUUAUUUGGAUUCAAAUGGCAUUCUACAAACUGUUGAGUACACAGCCGAUGCUGCAAAUGGUUUCCGAGCGGCUGCCACUAAUUUGCCACGAGCCCCAAUCGACAAUGCGAUAGCUCCCGAACCUGUAAAAGAUACUCCGGAAGUUGCUCAGGCUCGUGCUGAACACAUGGCAGCCUAUAACAAAGAAGCAACAAGAACACCCAUAGAGGGCGACUCCGUAGAAAUUAUGGCCGCACCAAUUCCAGCCCCAAUUCCAGCCUCAAUUCCUCAGAUUGCUCGUAUCGAGUCAUUAAACGGUGGAUUUGUAGCAUUAAGAGCAGCGGAAUAUCCACGAAGUUCGUUCUCUUAUCAAUUCAGCAGUCCUGCCUAUGCAUACACGACGGGUUACCCCAAUGCACAAUACAUUGCAUUCGACGCUCCAAUUAUCCGUGCAUCGCCGAUAGGAAUUCGCCCAGCCGUAGAAAUUCGUACAGCUCCUUUAGAACUAAGAACACCAUUAGAUACACCGGAAGUAAUGUUGGCUAGAGCCGAACAUCUGGCCGCCGUUGAAAAGGAGAAGGCAAGAAUCGCAGCAAGAAACUGAACGUUGGACUGAACCGUUUGUCAUACUGAACUAUAAAUAUUGGAUUUUCUCUGGUCACCAACUUCAAUACAAAUGUAAAAUUGAAUUCGAAUAAAUUUUAGUAAGAAUA